AUGAAGAGCUGGAUGUUAGGCCAUCUGAACCAAAUGAAGGAAGCUCUUUUGGUAGUUGUGGCUGAAGAGAGAGAGAAGGGGAAGGAGAAAGUUGAAGGCGGAGGCUCAACAGACGGGAAAGAAAAUGCAAGGGCCGGUGCGAAAGGAAAUAUUGGAAGACCUAGGGAACCUACUCCGGAGAGGAACGAGGAAGCGGCAGGACUCAGAAGCGGUCCGUUGUACAAGAAACCUAGGGUGGUGGGAUGGGAAGGGGAUGAUUAUUUGAAUACAAGAUCGGAUGAGGCGGGGAAAGAGCGAACUGGAGUAGAUGAGGAGACGAGUACGUGGAAGUAUUACGGUGGAACUCUGGAUGUGUUGGCUGAGUUAGGCGUUGAUAAAGUAGACAAAUCUCCGAAUGUAGGAGAAGAAUUGGGUGGUCGUGGGGAAGGAGGAACCGUUGUAGCUGACGGAGGAAAGACGAACCGUAAGGAGGACAAGGUGGUGGAUGCUGGGGACGAAGGUGGUGGAUGUGGGGAGAAGAAAAUGAAGAGAGCUGUUGGUUGA